AUGAUCCAAUUCUUCGACGCCAUUCAAGAUGCGGGGCUUUUAGAUGCAGGCUUCGUCGGUAACAGAUUCACGUGGAGCAAAAAUCACGUUGGGAUGACUUGUGUUUGGGCCGGGUUGGACCGGGUUCUUCUCAACGAUAGAUGGGCAGCUGCCUUCCCCGCCUUCAGCAUGGAACACUUACCCAGGGCCAACUCCGAUCACUCCCCUCUUUUGCUGUCGUUCCUGCCCCAGCAUCAGCCCAAAAUCAGGCUUUUCCGCUUCCUCAGAAUGUGGACGCUUCAUGACAUGUUCCAGCAAGUCAUCAAGAAGGCAUGGGAAGGUGAAUGCUCUAACCAACCCAUGAUUAACGUGCAACUCAAGCUUAAGAAGACGAAGCAGCUGCUAAAGGUUUGGAACAAGAAGGUUUGUAGGAACGUCUUUCAGCAGAUCAAAAAAGCAGAAGAUGAUUUACAGCGCAUUGAAUUCAGAAUGCAGGGGUCUCUCAGUGACAAUCUGCUCCAGGAAAACGUUGCUGCCAGGCAACGGCUGGUGCAUCUGGAACUCAUAGAAGACGUAUAUUGGAAACAGAAAGUGAGGAAUCAUUGGCUAAAAGAGACCAACCGAAAUUCUAAACACUUCAAUGCCUUUGCCAGUGAAAAAAUGAGGCGAUCUAUCAUCUCCUCCAUCACAGACGCUUUGGCGAACACCAUCGCAGACCAAGAGCUAAUGAAAGCUGCAACUGUGGCGUUCUUUGAAGAGCUUUUCUCAGCCGAACCUCCCCCCUACCACCAUGACUUCACCUCAGUCAUACCUUCCCUCCUAUCACAGUAG